CAGUGCAUUGUUUCCCUCAGACGUGCUUUGCAUACAAUAUCCCCUCACGUUUUCUUGCCGAACCAAAUUCAACUUUGUCACUCUCAACAUUCGACUAGGUGUGAGACCCUUUGCAGCUGGGGUAACCAUCACCCUUAGUGAUAACUGGUCAAAUCUAUGUUGCUCAGUGAUGGGAACCUUGAUGGCUCAUGAUGAGAAAUUGAUAAGGGGCCAAAAAGGGUCACUCAAAGGCAAUGGAGCACAUCCAGCGUCAGCACCCACGAGUAGUGCUUGAAGUCUGGAAUCUCAAGGCAAGAGAUGACCUCCAUCACGAGAACACAUUAUUGACGAAUAUCACAGGAAAUCUGGCCACCAUGGAUAUAUCUAGUCGGCGUCUCGUUGUGGCGAAGCAGGUGUAGGAUCAAAGACCACGUUCGAUGAGGCCCAAGUCCGCGUCCCUCUCGGAGUCGAGUCAACCCCAUCGUCCAUGGUUGGGGACGUAUGUGGGGGGUUCUGCAACUCUGAUCUUCGCGGCUCCAGCUUCCUCGCCCCUCACGCACCGUGGAGAGUGCGGAGUCGACUGAUGAUGCUGGACUCUACCUUAGGCGGGCGCAGUCCGAUAAGGGGUUCACACGAUAAUACCCAUAGGAACAGAUACUUGGGGACUUGGUCACGUUAAUCACCCCCGACAAGACUCGAUGCCACUAUCAUAUCAACAUAGAAAGACCUUCGACUGACCAAGCUCACUGGGGAACUUUCGGUAGAAGUCAAGCUAUCGCGGGCAGUGAUGCGUACGGGAGUCAGCGAUUCCUCCCGGCAGCCCCUCUCCCCUACCUUACCUCAGGUUGCUUCCUCCGCCGAGCAGCCAGGCCAGGGUACUCGGUAGAUUGGAUCAUCGGACGAUCCGCUGCCGGCCGACGGAUGCUCUCGACCGGUAGGGCUGGAUGGGUCACACCACCCCCCAGAAACUUUGGAGCUUCCAAAUGCCAUGCGAGAUUAUCAGAUCUUGAUGCUUCUCUCCAUUGGUCGAAGCUUUCCAGUAGGGGAAACGAUUCACGAUUGCGUUCCUGGCGCGAUGUUCCCCUGACACGAUUCACUAUUACGCCCUGCCGGGAGCGACGGCAUCUCCAACACCAAAGACCAGUCAAUGGCAGGGACCCGCAACCUUCUGUGCGGAUUUACAGCAUUUACAACGGUAAAUGUCAGGGAGAAGAAGCAAUUCACGCCGAGACACAAAAGGGCGACAGCUUUGACUACAAAGUAAACCAGCUCCACAGGAUCCGAGACCAUUGGAUGCUUUAAUGAGUUGCGCAUUUCUGGAUGAAGCCAUCGAGAUAUUGAACCUGACAGUGCAUUCAUAGCCGGCAAUUCGCCCAUAUGAUGGUAGUUCUGAGCCGAGUUGCGUGCAUAACUCGCAAUCAAAUGCGUAGGCUAGAACAAUUUCGCUGUGGUUGCAAAUUCGACCUGCCCUCACGUGGCGACGUCAUCUCCCUGCACUCCGGUGCCGGAUUCUGCAUUUGCCUCGCGUGCCUAAGGCACAGGGGAACCUCCCCAGUCGGGACUAGCGCAGAUCUAAUCAGUGUGGACCUUGGAAGCGAGGAACUGGAAGUCAAGGGGAAGAGACGGAACUUGGAGGGCACGAAGGCAAAAGAGGGAAGGGGGUCGCCAGCACUGCCCACCUGCCUGCCCCGUCGGAUGCUGAAAAUUGGAAGGUGAGGUGCCCGCGCACUUUCCGUACCUGAACCACCCGUUCUUUCCCCCACAGUAAGGUAAGCAGCAAGCGCAAGUAACAGCAACCACAGCCGCAGCCGCAUCUGCCCGAUGGUACAGCUCUUUCUCUACCCGACACCUCUGGUUUUUGGCUCUUUAACGAAAGAAAAGAAAGGCAAAAGGAGCAGAGGCCACGACCCUUUUGAGUACCCUCAAUACCUUGAAGAUUUUCAUCAGUCGACGAAUACCUUAUUUCUUACCUUAUGUAAAAGCCCUCGUCUUGAGUAGGCUGAUUUAUUUUGUCAGGUGCGGUACACGACUGCCGACCGUACCUGCCUUUCCUUCCUUACCUAACAGUAACCGUCAACCUUGGGAGGUGCAACUUCCGCCCUGCCUGCGCCAGCCCUGGUUCAUCGGCCCAGAUUCGCCAAAAAUCGGCCCAUUUAGCGAGCCAGCCCAGCCAGACGCAGUUUCCUCAGUCCUACCGCUCCCUCUACGAAUACUCUACAGUGGCCAACCCCCCGCAGGAUCUGAUAACCAAAAGAACCGAACGAAUCUGUUCUCCGCACUCAACCAGACGUCUGCACCUCAUAUUUUCGGCGACUUGAACACACCAAGCCUGCGCACUCUCCCGACACGACCAUUCUUGACGACGUGCGAGGCAGAAAAAUUCCAGCGCAUCAACGGUCGCAUGUAGUCCCCUCCACGAUGUCGACCGACGCUGUCAGCGCUCCAGUCUCGGAGCCUGCACCUGUGCCGGCGCAAUCCACGACUGGUGAUCACGACGAGGAGCCGACCCUUGGCCAGAUUGAAUGUGCAAAGCCCGCCUUCCUCCACUCACCCCCCGACAGCAACAAUGCGCCCAAGUCGGAAGCCAGCGACUCUGAGCUCAGCGAUCUCGACGACGAUGCCGUUGACCCAUCUGCUGCUCCUGCGACCCAAGAUGAGGCGCCGCCGCUCGAGGACGACAUUGGCGAGGUCCUUCCCGACCACUGGUCCGGGACUGUUCCUGUCUUUAGGCCCACGAUGCAUCAAUUCAAGGACUUCAAGCUAUUCAUGACCAAAGUCGAUCAUUAUGGAAUGAAGUCCGGUAUCGUCAAGAUCAUCCCUCCCCCCGAGUGGAAAGAAAACCUCCCCCGACUCGACGACCUGGUGAAGCAGAUCCGAGUCAGAGAACCAAUUAAGCAAGACAUCAUGGGAUCGAAUGGAACCUAUCGUCAAGUCAAUAUUCUUCAUCAAAGAUCCUAUAACCUCCCGCAGUGGCGACAACUUUGCGACCAGAGCGAACAUCAGCCCCCAGCGCGGCGAGGCGAGCGCCGAGCCAACGUCGAAAAGCCGAAAACCCGAUCCGCCCCCAAACCUCGUACAGAAGCGAAAUCAACGUCGGCCGGGUCUAGAAAGCGGGGCCGAGGUCGACCGCGCCGGGGUAAGGCCAAGGGCAAGAACCAGGAUGAUGAGGACGAUGCCGAAGAAGAACAGGAGGAAGAGAAGCGACCGAUGACGCCCGUUUCCCCUAAGCCGGCUGCGGAUGCGGACACCAAGGUCAAGGUCAAGAAAGAAGAAGUGGUCGACUCCGUUGAGGACCCGGGAAUGGAUGUUGACGAAGAUGAGCCACCAACCGUUGGCAGAAUGGGUCGGAUGGGUGGCGGAAGACAAGCAAAACCAAAGACCCAGACUGUUUCGGCCCGUCGGAAGUACAGCAAGAGAGAAGGGUCCGCCAUGAUUGACGAAAAGGCAUUCGAGGACUUUGACUAUCAGAUGGAUGUCUCUGACUAUACCCCUGAGCGCUGUGAGGAGCUCGAGAGGAUAUACUGGAAAACCCUCACGUACGCCCCGCCGUUGUACGGCGCAGAUCUCAUGGGGACUCUCUUCGACGAAUCGACAGAAAUGUGGAACUUGAACAAACUUCCCAACCUGCUGGAUGUUCUUGGGACAAAGGUUCCCGGUGUUAACACGGCCUACCUCUACUUGGGCAUGUGGAAGGCCACUUUCGCAUGGCAUUUGGAGGACGUUGAUCUUUACAGCAUCAACUAUCUCCACUUUGGCGCCCCUAAACAAUGGUACAGCAUUUCACAAGCUGACGCCCGCCGUUUCGAGGCUGCCAUGAAGAACAUUUGGCCCACGGACGCCAAGGCUUGCGACCAGUUCCUCCGUCACAAGGGAUUCUUGAUUUCCCCAUCGCACCUCAAGCAGCACUACAAUAUCACCGUUAAUAAGUGCGUUUCGUACCCGGGUGAAUUUGUCGUUACCUAUCCCUACGGUUACCACUCUGGAUACAACUUGGGCUACAACUGCGCCGAGGCUGUCAACUUUGCGCUCGACUCUUGGCUUCCCAUGGGCAAGAUCGCCAAACGUUGCGAGUGCGCACAGGCGCAAGACAGCGUGUGGGUUGACGUAUAUGAUAUCGAACGGAAACUCCGUGGCGAACCGACACCCGAGUACGAGGAAACUGACGAAGAAGACGAAGAGGAUGACGAGGACGAGGAUGAAGACGACGCUACCGGCCUUCCGUCUCCUCCUGGUAGUAACGGCAUUGUCAAGUCGGCUCGCAAACGAAAGCGCGCUGCUGGAGACAAAGAAGGCAGGGCAAAGACCAAGCGGAUUCGUCUCAAGGUCAAGACGCGCGCAGAGCCGACGUGCUGCCUUUGCCCCAGCGAUAUCCCUGGUGCAGAAGUUCUGCCAACAGACGAUGGCCGCAAGGCCCAUCGUAUGUGCGCAUUAUACCUGCCCGAGACGUACAUCGAUACCGUCGACGACAAGGAGGUCAUUGCGAAUGUUGCCAACAUCAACAAGGAACGCCUGGAUCUCAAGUGUCUCUAUUGUCGGUCCAAGAAGGGUGCCUGCUUCCAGUGCUCCCAGAAGAAAUGUGCCCGGGCCUACCACGCCACAUGCGCGGCUGCCGCGGGUGUCUUUGUCGAAGAAGCCGAAGUCCCAGUCUUUGGCGAAGAUGGAACCGAGUACAAGGAGCAAGCGUUCGAGUUCAGCUGUCGCUUCCAUCGUACCAAGCGUGAUAGGAAACAUACCGGUGACUCCUUGGAGGAUGAUGUGCGGAUUCGCGAGGCUGCCGCAGCACUCGCCAAGGGCGAUAUCUGCCAGUUGCAGUACUUCAAGGGCGACAUCUUUGCUGGUGUUGUGGUUGAGAAUCGCGCCGAUGAGCAGAUGUUCCUCCUUGAUAUCAUUCCUAAUGGUGAUUGUCUCGAGGUUGAGUGGAAGUGGCUUCUACUGCCCGACCCAUCUGACUACCACCUUCCGAAGGCGUCUUCCAAGGCUAUCCCGAUGCCAUCAUCGCAGAAGGCAAAGGAACGACUCAAUGCGAAGCGUCCUGCUGAUGAGAUUCCCCGGAAAGAUGCUCCCUUUGUUGAAGGCUACACAUGGGCAGAGUUCCAUCCAUGCAACGAGUGCACUAAUCCAAACCAGACCAAGGUUGAUCUGUCGAAGGACAGUCAAAUCUGGCACUAUCUCGGCAAGACGUCGACGGAGGCGAAGGCACAGUACUCUGAUGAUCCCGCCAAGCAGCUGCACAAUCCCAAGAGCAACUUUCUUGACACCAUCCCCAAGCCUCCCAAGCCUGUUUCCGCAAGCACGUCACAUCGCAGGGUGUCGGUUGUUCCACCACAACCAGCCCCAUUGCCAGUGUUUACGCCUGGAGUCACUGUUCAGAAUGGGCCGAAGUCGGAGAAGCCAUACGUAUACAAACCCAGGAAACCUGUCGAAACCAACUAUGCUGGUACCGGUUCUUUCACCACGCAAAAAUUCACACCCAAGGCUUCUGCGCCCCCGACUCCCGGAGGACAGCAGCUCCACUUCGGAGCCGAUCCUCGAUACCCGAUCCCGGGGACUCAAUUUGUUCAACAGAAGUUUGCUCCCGACGCACAUCAACAAUAUGUGCCUCGUCCCGCUCCAGCUGGGCAGGGUUACUACGCGGCUCCGAACUCGAUGCAACGGCCGAGCCCUUACAGCACCCCGGGACCGCAGCCCGCAGGUAGCGCGCGGCCCACGCAACAAACGUGGUCGGCGCCUUCGCAAAACUCCAGACCUCCUUUACCACACAGUACUUCGCAAGGCUCAACUCAGCAGAACCAUCGGAGAUACUCGGCCGCACCAACGCCUUCUGUUGCUAUGAAAUAUGCAUUCUUCCAGGUUCACCACAACAGAGACUCGAAGACGUACCGAACUCCUUAUGCUCCAUGGGGAGGAUUCACCAACGGAUAUGAAGGUAACCUCCGAGCCCAUCUCAUGAGGACGUCUCCAGAAGCCUUUUUCAAAAACCGGCAAGGCUCCAUUCAGGGAGGCACACCGACACCUGCUCCAAACACGGGACCGCAGGGACCUGCUUACGGCGGCCCAUACCACAACACACUCACAAAUGUUAUGCCUCAAGGUUCUAUUGGCAUGUAUGGUGUCAAAACAGCGGCCCCUUAUUCUUCACCAGCGCCGCAGGUCCCCCAGAAUCACGCCAGGACGCCAUCUUACUCAUCGAUAUCUCCAUCUCCUGCACCAGGCAACUCUCGACCCAGCUCGCAUGGCCAAAGUCAUGGCUGGCAGCCGCAGCAGCCACAGUCGGCGCCGCUACACCCAGCGAUCCGGCCGCAGUAUGGAGGUUGGGCGAACCAGCCACAACAGCAGCAUCCUCAGCCUCAACCAGCACAAUAUCAACCCUCGCAACAGCCUGUCUCUCAGCAGACUCCACAGCAGUCUCCUGCUAGCCAGCCUCAAUCUACCCAGACGAAAUCUCAGCCUGCAGCAAAGCCCGCUGCGCCGAAGGUGCAGUACAAGAUCCCCGAGAAGCAGACGCCGGUUCCCCUCCCGGCCAAGUAUCUCGCAGCCAUGGGCAAGAUGCCUUUGGCUGCUACUCCAUCCAAGACCAGUUCGAAAUCGACCGGAGCGUCUGCGCAAGGUACGAAUCCACCCCCGGCUUCUCGCCCGGGGAAGGAUGCAACCCACGAACCAUCGAUGGCAGCCAUCACUGGCUCUACCGCGCAAACGGCUUCUCAACCGUCAAAACCAGCUGGCCCAUUGACAGAGACGGCACCUCCUGCAGCUCAAGCUCCCGUGUCGGUACCGCACACGCCAGUGCCGGCUUCAACCUCUCGAAUGCCCUUUACGAAUCAAUCGAUGACUACGGCGUUCCCCCGACAGCCAACGCAGUCUCAAUCGCAGGCUUACAAUACGCCAUCGGCCCAGCCGUUCCCUCCCACGAGCCGAGCACGGACUGAGCAUCUCAAUCCAGCGGAGCUCUUGGCCCAAUUUGCCCUCACCCCGCGCGUGAAUCCGCCGACGCCUACAGCCCCUUCCCAUCAGUCCGUACCGUCGCCGGUUCCGCUGCAGACAGCUGCCAUGCCAGGCUACCAGAGUCAUGGUUCAAACUGGGGACCGACGCAGCAGCAGCAGCAGACACAGCAGGCCCAAGCCUGGGCGCCCCCGCCGGGACAGUGGCAGCCUCCACAUCACCAGGAGUACCACCAGCAUCCUCCGCCACAGCAAUACCAACAGCAUUAUCAACAGCAGAAUCAGCAGCAGCCGCCACCACCGCCGCAACAACAACAUCAAAUGCAGGCGCAGCCGUCGUUACCCCCGCCCCAUCAAACUCCCGAGGACGACGUUCCUCUGCCCGAUGUGCCUACGGACUCAACGGCCAUCGUCGAGAGGAUGAUGCAGAAUCUCCGCCGCGCCGCGUUUCAAGGCUGAUGCGACACCUACCUGGCCUGCACGACACGUGUACAUGUUUGACUAGUCUACGAUUCGAAAACCAGAAUCCAAAUCUCUUCCAGUGCGAAACGGCCACAAUUGGACUGAAAAUGACCGAACCAGAAAGAAGGGAGGGAGGCGGAUGUGUAUGGAAUGAAAAGAUAUGCACGAUUUUUGCACGGGUUUCGGCGUUUGAACGGGGUGUUGAUUGGGCUAAUCUAAGCCCUCUUGUGGAAGUUCCUCUCCGAAGAGUGGGUUUCAUGAUGGAUGGAAGGGCUAUUUGUGUUUUUGUUCUUCUUCCAAAGUUUUUCUUUUGAGGUUUUCUUUGCAAAAGCGUACAUUAGGUUUCGAGGGACAAGACGCAAGGAAAGCAGGCUACCUAGCUAGCUGUAGCCACGACUGGCGCUUUUCCUGGGCGUCUUGAAUGUAUAAAUAAUGAAACGUGCGAUAUUGCCCAAAUUACAUUUUUGCUCCCCCUCGUAUGGCUUCCCGAUGUUGAAAACGAAGGCGGGGAGGUCUGAAGAUGAGGUCAUUGCUCUGGAAUUCCGCUGGUCGUUGGGCAAGUCUUUCAGUUCGCUGCAAUUCGUAAACAUCCAUAGCCGAUGAAGCGGUCCAGUCAGAAGGUGGUUCCUUGGCCAUACUGGCUGGUUGGGAUAUAUACACCGCACAGAUGCGUGGUCAUUAAAUUGCAUUCAAAUGCAAUCGAGACGGAACCAAGACCUUUUUCUUCAUGUCAUAGUAUCACAUCAAUAGACAGACAAACGCAGGGCCAC